AUGCCUAUGGCUACCUUGUUAUAUCCAAACACCAUUUGUUUAGAUUCCCCGUCAAGCAAUGAACCUCGCAAAGUUACAAUGAGCGAUGUUGAUUUAUCACCUAAGACGGCAAUUGGAUUCACGGACUCCGACGAGGACUCCGAGAGUGAAGUCAGUUCAACGAAUUCUACGCCUGUUAUGGUUUCAUUGAAUGGUAAGACCAGAUUCUUUGUCACCGACCAAGAUGUAAAUGCGUGUCUGUUUUGAUAUAAUUUUUGAGACUUGCAUGGUAAAAACAAAAUUUGCAAAUAUUCUCUGCACACUUUGACAGCGCGAUUCUUGCUAAUUUUUCUAAUUUAGUUGUAAUAGUUCAGGUCUCAAAUAUCUUCAUUAAGUUUGGCACAUUGCAGCGUCUCUAAUAUACAAUUGUAUUUGAAAUUUAGAUGAGUUAAAAAGUGUCGUAUCAAGUGAAAGAACGCCUCAAUACUGGUACCCGCGAGAGAAGAUUUGUCAGAGGAGGACAAAGAGAUCUCUGCAGUUUUCGGAAACUAAGAGUUCAG